GACGAACCAGGAAGUGGAAUCCACAAUAUUUCGUUAACGUGACAAUUUGGGGAGAGCUUUUGCAGAGCAUGUUUCUUUGAAAAUUAUAGGCUAUUUAGUCUAAAUUUCUCCAACUUUAAAUAAAUUAAGUUAUCCAUGAAGGGCUUUAUUGACUGCCACUGUCACAUCUCUGCAAGAGAUUUUGACAAUGACAUAGAAGAUGUGAUUGAGAAUUCUAAAAAGGCUGGGCUUUUAGCCCUACUAGCAGUAGCAGAAAAUGUUGGAGAGUUUGAAAAGAUUAUACAGCUGUCACAGAGGUUCCCAGGCUUUAUUUUCCCUUGUUUAGGUGUCCAUCCUAUACAGGGGACAGCUCCUGAGCCACAGAGAGGAGCCGUACUCCAGGAUUUAGAUGCUGCUUUGCCCCUGAUAGAGAAAUAUAAAGACCAUCUUGUUGCUAUUGGGGAGGUAGGCUUGGAUUUCACCCCCAGAUUUGUCAGUGGUGACGCAGACAAAGACAGUCAAAGACAGGUGCUUAUUCGGCAGGCAGAGAUUGCAAAACAACUGGACCUUCCGCUAAAUGUCCAUUCAAGAUCUGCAGGCAGACCUACUAUACACCUGCUAAAGGAACAAGGUGUUGAGAAAGCUCUUCUUCAUGCUUUUGAUGGGAAACCCUCAGUUGCCAUGGAGGGAGUGAAGGCUGGGUAUUUCUUCUCCAUUCCUCCAUCUAUAGUAAGAAGUGAACAGAAGCAGAAGCUAGUGAAACAGCUGCCGUUGGAGAGCAUGUGCCUAGAAACCGAUUCACCUGCCUUGGGUCCAGAGAAACAGGUGAGAAAUGAGCCAAAGAAUAUCUCUGUCUGUGCUGAGUACAUCAGUAAGAUCAAAGGGGUUCCCUUGGAAACGGUGAUGGAGGUGACGACACAGAAUGCCCUGCGCCUGUUCCCUAGGCUCAAGACAUUACUCAGAACCUGAACAACCAAGUCCGGGUUUCAAUCCAAGGCAUGUUACAUAGUAGUGCAUGGCUCUUGACCCCUGCCAUAAUCGGCAUCCACGUCUUCGGGGCCCGGGGAGCUGACAUGCACAGUGUUUACCGUGAAUGUGAUCUCCGCGAACGUCAGGGAAAUUUCCUUUCAAUGGUCAGCUAUCCAGUGCUCUGCUCUAUAAGAGGCCUUGGAUUGAAUCUCACCCUCUUGGGUGAAGUUCCUGAAAGUCACCACUGUGUCACCUUGGUGUUAUAUCAGCAAGGAUGUAGAGGGAAAUAAGGCAACCGAAAGGCCUACAAACUGAACAGCAUUUAUAAAGACUUUCAAGUUAGAGCUGCUUUUGGACUCUGUAUGCCUAGGAGUUGAGGUGUAGAGUUUAAAAAAACAAACUUUGAGAUUGAAAUGUUUCAGUAUUUAUGUUCAUAUCCAACAUAUGUUAUGUAACAAGCUAAAUAAAUAUGACAAAUGUAUUUCUUUAAAUAAAUAUGAUUAGAUUUCUUGUGCUACA